AUGAAGUUGAUUUUAAUGAUGACGACAAGGAUCAUGAAGACGAGGCAUCCACCCAAGAGCCUCUAUAGUAACAAGAUUUUAUUGCAACCAGAAGAUCAAGAAGGGAAAUUCGAAAGCCUGCUCGUGGAAUACUCCGUCGUCUUCAAACUGGAUCUUGAUGCAUUAUCAGUAGCGUGGGACAAGGCAUGGCCGGAUGAUCACAAAAGCACUUAUGUGAAGCAUUUUUCUGACUCAACCGAGGUCGGAUGGUGCUGGAAAUUGCGUUGGAAGUAG